AUGAACCCAUCUGACGUUGAAGCCGCCGUGUGUCGCUCAGUUUCUGCGAGCAUCAUUGGUACUGCAUUUGCUAUGAGAGCCCCCUUGAGAACGUACAAGCUCGAUCCUAUCAUUCCCAACUGGAGAUUAAUUUCCCAAACCGAAGGGGAAAAGUCACCAGCAAUCGGCAUAAAGUCUCUUCCUGAUCUCCAAGCUGGACUAACCCUCACACCACCAUCUAUUCCAAUCACCUUCAAAUGUGCUCCGAAUCCUUUUGCCGAGGGCAGUGAGUGUAUCGUCUACCACGGCUAUGACCUAACCAGCAAGAGAGCAAUUGCUUUGAAAAGAUACAAACGAGUUGGAGCACAGUUUAACAGCCCCGCUUGUUACAUGUAUAAGAUUAAAGUACGUGCUAUUUGCACCACAUAUGCCACGCUCUUCAAUGACAAGACGAAGCCACCAGGGUCAGCCAGGCUGGAAGUAACCCCGGUGGAUGUGGUGUCCUGUCCUGGUCAAGACCACUAUCUCUUGGAGACCUUCCUGGACGGAAAGGUGGAGAAGUACAGCAACAACGCUGGCGUAGUGUGCAGCGAAUCUCCUCAUUCUGAGCUUCUGCAGUCUUUCAGCCACUUUACUUGGGUGGUGUCGAGGAAGUCCCUUGUAAUAUGCGACCUCCAGGGGAUAGAGUCAGGGUCAUAUUGUGUGACCCUAAUCGAUCCAGCAAUUAAUUCCCUCUCGGCUGGUUUCUAUGGACAAACAGAUCUCGGUCGAAAAGGAAUUGAGAGAUUUUUUGAGACCCACCAGUGUGGAACAGUUUGCAGAGCAAUGGGACUCAGUGGCCAGCUACUUUGA